AUGUCCAAGGUCACGAAGGAUGCUGCGCAGCCCUUGGAGGCAGAGGAGCCAAGCAUGGCGCGGGCUGUGGUCCGCAGCACAGGGGGCUUUAUCCUGGGCUUGUCCCUGGCCACAGCCUACGGGCUGCUGGAGCUGCUGGUGGAAGGGCACAGCCCCUGGGGCUGCCUGGUGGGCACCCUCACUCUGGCCGCCUUCCUUAGUCUGGGCAUGGGGUUCUCCCGCCAGGUCCGGGUCACUGUCCUUUUGCUGCUGCCCCAGGCCUUCUCCAAGCAGGGCCGGACACUGCUGUUGGUGGCUGCCUUUGGGUUGGUGUUGCAAGGGCCUUGUGCCAACACCCUGCGCAACUUCACCCAGGCCAGCGAGGCUGUGGCCUGUGGGGCAGAACUGGCCCUGAACCAGACCGCCAAAGUCCUGGAGAGGGCCAAGCAGCCCCUCAUCAGUGCUCUGAACAAGAUUAAAGCCAUUGCCCAGAGAGCCAAGCAGGUGGCUGACCGGGUCCGAAAGUUCUUCCGGUCAAUCAUGGAUGGCGUGAAGCACGUAGCCAGGGCCCUGCGGAACGUGUGGUAUUGGCUCCUGCACAUUGGCGAUGUGUGCAACUCGGAGCUGGGCAACCCCUACCUGAAGUGUGCUCGGGUCUUUGAUGACGCCAAGGACAGCUGCAUGAAGGCCAUACCGCAGGCCUACCACCUGUGCUUUGUGCUCAUGCCCUUCAAGCUGAUGCUCUGUGGACUUGCCAGUGUGGCCCAGGUGUUCUGCAUCAUUCCUGGCUAUAUCCAGACCUUCCUGCGAGAGACCAUGAGCACCCCUGUGAGGAAUUUGAUUGACCGAGUGCGUCAAGAGUUUGAGUUCAACAUGACAGCCACCCAUUACUUCUUUGUGGAUCUCAAUGCCUCUCGGAGCCUGUCCCAGGUAGCUCUGGACCUCCACGAAGCCGUCAGCAUGAAGCUGUACCGCGUCCGAGAGGCCUUGGCUCUGAUGGGCUACACCACGCCUCUGCUGCUCCUGCUCCUUUACCUCCAAGCCCUGUAUUACCGAUAUGGUUACCUGAACUGGGACGGUUUCGACAACAUCUACAUCACCAGCCGAUUCCUGCGCAUGGAGGCUGUCCGCUCCAGAGCAGGAUUGCCCACGGUGCUGCCGCUCACUGCCCAUGAAGCCAGACACUACAUCCAGCCAGGCUCCAUCUUCUUGUCCCGGUGGGAACAGAUUUUUUGCAUCCUGGCGAUCUUCCACCUUGCCCAGCACCUCCUCCUCGUGUUGUUCCUGGUCUUCCUGGACUAUGCCGUCUUCUGGGUCCUGGACCUGGCUCGGUACCACCUGCAGGGGGAGAUUGUGGCCCGAAGCCCCGUGUUCGUAUCCAUAACCGUGGAAGGCACUGGCUCCACGGGGAAGAUUUACCGCGACCUGGUGUCUGCAUUUGAUGUCCUCCAGCAAGGCAACAUCACCGUCCUGUCCCGACGCUGCCGUCUGCAUCCCUCAGAGCCCGACUCCACUGGUUACAUAGUCAUCGGCAUCAUGUAUGGCCUUUGCUUCUUUGUCACUUUGUUCGGCAACUAUGUCAGUCGGCUGCGGCGGCUCGUCUGUGCCUCCUACUACCCAUCUCGGGAGCAGGAGAGGAUCUCCUACCUCUACAAUGUCCUUCUGAGCCGCCGAACAAAGCUGCUGGCUGCCUUGUACCGAUCAGUGAGGAGACGGGCAGCUGACCACGGCCACAUGAGCGUCCUCCAGGUGCUGGCUGGACGGUGUUCCUGCCUGGUUCCAUUUAUCAGCCACUUCAGCCAGCAUCAGACCUACUGCCUGGGCUGUGGGCAGCUGCAGGACGAGGGGGACACAGAGAAUUCGGUGGCUUGCAGUACCCCAGGCUGCAGAGGUCUCUUCUGUCUCACCUGCUUCCGUCUCCUGGGCAACACCUGCUCCGUGUGUGCGUCUCCCCUCUCCUGCCAGGAGGAGCUGGAUCUAGAGCUGGACUCCAGUGAUGAGGAGGGCCCCCGCCUAUGGCUGGCUGCCGCCCACCAAAAGGGUCCUGAGCAGGAGGCGCUACUGCGGCAGCAGCUCCAGGAAGCGCUGGGCAGGACCCUCUCAUCGGAUUCCAUGUCGGAAUCCAGUGACCUGGAUGAAGAAAAGGGGCCUCAGGAGAGAAGGCACAGGUAGCCACCACCACUUGAGGCCCUGUCUGUCAGCAGCCCCCUCAGCCCCGCUAACUGCCUCAGAAAUCCUCUGCCCUCAAAGCAGUCCCAUCUCUCAUUUCCCCUCUCCUCCCCAUCCCGCCCACAUACCUCCAAAAUAAAGAAAUCAAAGUUGGACACAAGCAUGAAUCUUAAAUUAUUAUUAUUUCUUCCUGUCGCUUACACCCGAGGUGGGGGGCAAGGGAAGGGGAGGGCACAGGAGAGGGGGGACCGCCUCCCCCCUUAAGGCACUGAGUGGAGAAGCCGCAAGGGGGGGGGAGGCCACACUGUCCUCACUCCCCGGGGCUGGGCCCCCCAUCACCUGAAAUGCAAAGAGGAGGCCCAGAGCAACCUGGCCUCCCUCUACCCCAAUAUAUUACAUCAUCACUUUUUAAAUAGAGACAAGGACUGGUCCCGCUACCCCCUCCCUGUGACCCCCCCCACUAUUGGGGGUACCUGGGCAGCUGUGCAAAUGGGCAUGGGGGUGCAUGGGAGGGAGGGAGAGCACCGGGCCCCUGAACCUGCCCCUUUUAAGGAGGGGGGGGCCGCCAGGCCAGGGAGGGGAAAUAGUGCAAGGCAGAGCCCAGGCCCGAGCGGGGUCCAGCACCCAGCGAGGAGGCAGGGGAGAUACCCCCACCCCCAGCAGAAUUGGGUAGUUAAAAAUCUGAAACUAGAUUUCAACAAGACCAACAGAAAAGGCUAUGUACAGAACGGGGGGUGGAUUCAAUCCUAAGGGAAGAGUGAGGGAAUUACUCUCCCCACCCCAACAGGGAGCCCUGGCAGGCAAGGGUCUAAGGGUAGGACUCCUUUCCCACAGGGCCGCAGCCCACUUUCCCUGGGGGCGCGGGGGGCAGUUCCGCGCCCCGGCCUUGGCAAGGGGGCGCAGCUCACCCGCUGGGGUGGUGGAGGUGGAGAAGGCGGCUCCCUGGCAGUGGCCGCCAGGGGCGCUCGCACGCGCAGGGCACAGCCGCCAGAUGGCGCCGGCCAGCCCGUUCUCCGCCAGGCUCCCCGCCAGCCCCUCACCCGGUCCCACACCCAGCACCGCGCCAGCCCGGGGGCGGCGUGAGUCAGGGGCGGCAGCAGUGGUGGUGGCGGCGGCUCGCACCUGGGCGGGGAGGAGGUGGGGAGGAGGAGAAGAGGGUAGGACACCGCCCGGCCCGCCCUGCCCUCUGGCCCCGGGGAGGGAGCGGCGGG